AUGAACUUACAACAGAUUAUGAGACCCAGCUCAAUUAGCGCAGACGGCAUCAAGGUCUUCGCUGGCGCUGAGCAGGAUGCCAACCUCUUCUUCAUCACCGUCGAGGCCAAGCUCAUCGCCGCUGGCAUCGACGCUGGCAUCAUCGCCGAGGGUGGUGCUGACCACCAAGGAGACGGGCAGGCUCCAGCAGCUGCCUCAUCGCCGAGCCCAAGCACCCACGGUGCUUCGGGUCCCCGCACUCGCUCCCGCGCUCAACGCGGCCCUCGCCGCACUGGCGUCCGCCACGACGCGGGGGAACACGACGACGAUGACGACGACGAGGGCGAUGGCGACGACCACGGCGCUCAACCAUCUUCCUCCUCUUCCUCUCUCCCUUCUUCCGCCACUCCGAGCGGAGGAGCGCAGGUGGCGUCCCGAGCCUCUGGCCUGCUGGAUCCCCGUGAUCCACAGGUUGACGCAGCCAUCUUCGCGUUCCUCCUUGGCGUCCUGACGGGACACCCGCUGCGGCUGGCCAUCACCGACAACCGUGGCCGCUCAGGUGUGCUUGCGCUGCGCCGCCUCCGCGAGCGCUACAUCCGCAGCGGCAAGGACCACGUCAGUCGUCUCAGGCAGCAGCUCUCCUCGACCACCUGGUUGCCCACGGACACCGUCGACACGUUCAUGUCCCGCAUCACGGACAUCAACUCGCAGCUCCUCGCUGCCGGCGUGUCCAUCCCGGAGGACGACCUGCGCACCCUCGUCCGCAACGAACUCCCCGCAGAGUUUGAUGUGGCGAUGCGGUUCAUGGAGCGCGAGGACCCGCCACCAUCACUGUCCAAGAUGACGGCGGACCUCAUCCAGGAAGAGCGCCGCCUGCAUCGUCCCAAGAAGCGCACGCCUGUGCUCGCCAUCGGCGGACCAGGCCCCGGCUCCUUCGCUGCAUCACCGAUGCACGCUGGCACGUCGCCCUCCGACACGAGCGGUGACCCAUGCUGUCCACCUGCAGAGCGCGUGACUUGCGCGUUCUGCAACUUCCGCGGCCACUGCGCGCAGCAGUGCCGCAAGCUGCAGGCGGCCAAGCGCUACCACGUCAUCGACGUGCGGCAGAUCCUGGCUACGCUUCGCAACCACGGCAACGGCAACGGCAAGCGGCCAGGAUGUAGUAACACGACAGAGCAAUGCUAG